GAGGCGGGAUCCUGGCUGCCAAGGUGCUCACUGGGUAGUGUCCCUAGCUACUGUUGCUAAGACUGUGGGUCGCCUGAGGUGGUGGGAGUUAGUUUUGGCAGCCCGGGCCUGAGAGAGGUCAAGGGUCAUUGCAGAGCCAGGGAGGAGAUGGUGAAGCAGACUAUCCAGAUAUUCGCGAGGGUGAAGCCCCCUGUCCGGAAGCACCAACAAGGGAUUUAUUCCAUAGAUGAAGAUGAAAAGUUAAUACCUAGCUUGGAAAUUAUCUUACCACGUGAUUUGGCAGAUGGGUUUGUGAAUAAUAAGCGAGAAAGCUACAAAUUUAAAGUUUUGCUCUAUCGCCCAGGCUGGAGUGCAAUGGCGCAGUCUUGGCUCACUACAACUUCCUCCUCCCGGGUUCAAGCGAUUCUCCUGCCUCAGCCUCCCAAAUUUCAAAGAAUUUUUGAUCAGGAUGCAAACCAAGAGACCAUUUUUGAAAACAUUGCCAAACCAGUUGCUGGGAGUGUCCUGGCAGGUUACAAUGGUACCAUCUUUGCAUAUGGGCAAACAGGCAGCGGGAAGACAUUCACUAUCACAGGGGGUGCAGAGCGUUACAGUGACAGAGGCAUUAUCCCAAGGACACUGUCAUACAUUUUUGAACAGUUACAAAAGGACAGCAGCAAAAUAUAUACAACGCACAUUUCCUAUUUGGAAAUCUACAAUGAAUGUGGUUAUGAUCUUUUGGAUCCAAGACAUGAAGCCUCCAGUUUGGAAGAUUUGCCGAAAGUGACAAUACUGGAGGAUCCUGAUCAGAACAUUCACCUGAAAAACUUGACUCUCCAUCAGGCAACCACAGAGGAAGAAGCUCUGAAUUUGCUUUUUUUAGGAGACACCAACCGAAUGAUUGCAGAGACUCCUAUGAACCAAGCUUCAACCCGUUCCCACUGCAUUUUCACCAUUCAUUUGUCAAGCAAGGAACCAGGAUCUGCAACUGUACGACAUGCCAAACUCCAUCUGGUUGACCUGGCUGGUUCAGAGCGAGUCGCAAAGACUGGAGUAGGGGGCCAUCUUCUAACAGAGGCCAAGUAUAUCAACUUGUCACUACAUUACUUAGAACAGGUUAUCAUUGCCCUUUCAGAAAAGCACCGUUCGCACAUUCCUUAUAGAAACUCCAUGAUGACCAGCGUCCUAAGAGACAGUUUGGGAGGGAACUGCAUGACAACUAUGAUUGCAACACUCUCCUUGGAGAAAAGGAAUCUUGAUGAGUCUAUAUCAACCUGCAGAUUUGCACAGCGAGUGGCACUCAUAAAGAAUGAAGCUGUUCUUAAUGAAGAAAUUGAUCCCAGAUUAGUGAUUAAACGCCUACAAAAGGAAAUCCAGGAACUGAAGGAUGAACUGGCCAUGGUCACUGGGGAGCAGAGGACAGAGGCACUCACAGAAGCAGAGCUCCUUCAGCUGGAAAAACUAAUAACAUCCUUUUUGGAAGACCAGGAUCCAGAGAGUAGAUUAGAGGUUGGCGCGGAUAUGCGUAAAGUUCAUCACUGUUUUCAUCAUUUAAAGAAACUAUUGAAUGACAAGAAGAUCCUUGAAAACAAUACAGUCUCCUCUGAAAGCAAAGACCAAGAUUGUCAAGAACCAUUAAAAGAAGAAGAAUAUAGAAAGCUACGAGAUAUUCUGAAACAGAGAGAUAACGAAAUCAAUAUCCUGGUCAACAUGUUAAAAAAAGAAAAGAAGAAAGCUCAGGAGGCUCUCCACUUGGCUGGCAUGGAUAGACGUGAAUUCAGACACUCCCAGAGCCCACCCUUCCGCCUGGGAAACCCAGAAGAAGGUCAAAGAAUGCGACUAUCCUCAGCUCCCUCACAGGCCCAGGACUUCAGCAUUUUGGGGAAAAGAUCCAGUUUGCUCCACAAGAAAAUAGGAAUGAGAGAGGAAAUGUCAUUAGGACGCCAGGAGGCUUUUGAAAUCUUCAAGAGGGACCACGCUGACAGCGUUACCAUCGAUGACAACAAACAGAUUCUGAAACAGAGAUUUUCUGAAGCCAAGGCCCUGGGAGAAAGUAUAAAUGAAGCAAGAAGUAAAAUUGGUCACCUGAAGGAAGAAAUCACCCAGCGGCAUAUACAGCAAGUAGCCCUAGGAAUCUCGGAAAACAUGGCCGUGCCUCUGAUGCCAGACCAGCAGGAGGAGAAGCUGCGAUCACAACUGGAGGAAGAAAAGAGAAGGUAUAAAACAAUGUUCACUCGCCUGAAAGCCCUGAAGGUGGAGAUCGAGCACUUGCAGCUGCUCAUGGACAAAGCCAAGGUGAAGCUACAGAAAGAGUUUGAAGUCUGGUGGGCAGAGGAGGCCACCAACCUGCAGGUAAAUUCUCCAGCAGUGAAUUCACUCGAUCACACGAAGCCGUUUCUCCAGACAUCUGACUCCCAGCAUGAACGGUCCCAACUCCUCUCUAACAAAAGUUCUGGAGGCUGGGAAGUCCAAGAUCAAGGCACUGGCAGAUUCUAUGUCUGUGAUGUGAAUGCCAGGAAAAUCCUGCCCUCGCCUUGCCCCAGUCCACACAGCCAGAAACAGAGCAGCACCAGCACCCCACUGGAAGACAGCAUCCCCAAGAGGCCAGUGUCGUCCAUCCCUCUCACCGGAGACAGCCAGACAGACUCGGACAUCAUCGCCUUCAUCAAGGCCAGACAGAGCAUUCUGCAGAAGCAAUGUUUGGGAAGCAAUUGAAUUUCCAGGAAAUAUCCAGCCAUGAAUUAUGCCAGCAAGAAUGAAGCACAGAUGAAGGCAGCGCCCCUCACUUACUCUGGCUUCAGAAGUGAACUAUGGGCUGCUGGGAGCAACUAGUGACUUUGAUUCCCAUGGAGGGGACUGUGUUUCUUUAAGGAUGCUGACCUGGAGGCCACCAAGAGGCUGGGGCUGGGGCUGACCACGACAUCCUGUGGUUGCUGGAGCUGCUGGCAGGGCCGGGCAAGGCCAGAGUGCUAGGGGCAGGGUGAAGGCUUCAGCUCACUGUUGUAGUGACAUUUUGUGUAGAUCUUUAUAAGCUUUUGAGAAUGUGAAAUAGCACCAUCAAAAUAUAAUGUCAGAGGAUGCUCA